AUAUAUAUACAUAUGUAUGUAUCUUGAGAAAUUCAUAUGUUUACCAAGUAUUGAUGCUAUGUUUUCGUGGUGCUUAGUUUGAAGCAAAGAUGAAUAGUCAGAGUAUAUACACCACAUUUAAUCUUACUGUCUUUCUUCUUCUUUCAUUGCUUUCUCAAUUUGUUUCUCUUGAAACCAGUAGAUUCAAUUCCAAUGAUGGUAAUGUAACCACGCAGUGCAUUGAAUUUGAGAGGAAAGCCCUUCUUGAAUUCAAAGAAGGACUCACAGAUCCUUCUGGUCGGCUUUCUUCUUGGGUUGGCAAAGAUUGCUGUCGAUGGAAGGGUGUGAGCUGCAACAAACACACUGGCAACGUUUUCAAGAUUGACCUCAGCAACCGAGGAGAUUCUUGCAGUUUGUAUGAAGGGAUUGCAGACAAUUAUAACUCCUCAUCAUGUUUGGGAGGUGAGAUAAGUACUUCUUUGCUCAACAUAAAGUAUUUAAGUUACUUGGAUCUAAGCAUGAAUGAUUUCUAUGGAAUCGCAAUCCCAAAUUUCAUCGGUUCACUUGAGAAAUUGAGUUAUCUCAGUCUUUCUCAAUCAAAUUUCGGUGGAAUGGUUCCGUCUCAUCUUGGAAAUCUGUCAAACUUGCAAUAUCUCGACCUCUCUGUAUUUGUUUUUUACUACAAUAUUUGGGCAUCAGAUUUAAACUGGCUUGUUGGCCUAUCUUCUUUGAAGUAUCUUAAUCUUGGUGGUGUGAACCUGAGUGAAGCAACAGAUUGGUUGCAAUCAAUUAAUACCAUGCCCUCUUUGUCUGAGUUACACUUGUUUGAUUGUCAACUCCCCAGCUUUCCAAAAGCUAUACAGAAUAUAAAUUUUACUUCCCUCUUGGUCCUCGAUCUCUCUUUUAACGAGUUUAACUCUUUGUUGCCUCUAUGGCCUUUCAAUAUUAGUACUCUUGUGGAAUUCAAUGUCAGUUUAAACAAUUUUACGGGUUCCAUUGUCAAUGCUGCUUUGGGAAACUAUCAUAACUUGCAAUCACUAGAUUUAUCUUCGAACUCUAUUAGUGGUGACAUAAGUGAACUUAUAGAGGGAUUGUCUGGGUGUUGUAACAAUAGCUUGAAGGAGUUGAUAUUGGGGUCCAACAAAUUUAAUGGGAAGUUGCCCGAUUCAUUGGGACACUUGAAUUAUUUGAGAUCCCUUGUACUGAAUGAGAAUCUGAUCUCAGGUCCAAUUCCAGAAUCUGUUGGAAAGUUGUUUUUUCUAAAGGAAUUGGACCUUUCUUUUAAUGAGAUGCAUGGGUCUAUCCCUACAAGUUUAGGAAGACUCACUGAGUUGACUAAAUUGCAACUCUUCCAUAAUUCUUGGAAAGGCCUCAUGUCCCAAAACCAUUUACAAGGUCUGGCAAAACUACGAGUUUUCUCCAUAUCUUCGGACACAACUUGCAUUUUUGAUGUGACACAUGAAUGGGUUCCUCCAUUUAGCCUGUUAGCUAUCCAAAUCAGUAACUAUCUGUUGGGUCCAAAAUUUCCAACAUGGCUGAGAAAUCAGAAAGAACUUUCAUCCAUAGUCCUCACAAAUGUCUCCAUUUCAGAUACCAUACCUGACUGGUUUUGGAAAUUGUCAAUGCAGAUUGACAUGCUCGAUUUAUCUCACAACCAAAUUGUCGGUGUUGUUCCCAACUCAUUAGGAAUUUCCUUUGUGGACUUGAGUUUCAAUCGCCUGGAAGGCACAAUCCCACUCUGGCCUAACGUAAUUUGUCUCUUUCUGAACAACAAUUUAUUUUCAGGAGCGAUUCCUUUGACUAUUGGCAGUGUCAUGUCAUCGUUAGUCAUGCUUAAUCUUUCUGGGAACUCUCUAAAUGGUACCAUUCCUUUGUCCAUAUGUAAAUUGAAAGUUUUGAUAAAUCUCUAUCUUUCAUACAAUCAUCUAUCUGGACAAAUUCCCAUGCAUUUGGAGGACUUGCGAGCUCUUGGGACCCUAGAUCUGUCCCAAAACAAUCUCUCUGGCCAUGUUCCUGAAUCAAUGUGCUCGCUAUCAUUUCUUUAUUGGUUGAGGUUGAGUGGUAACAAUCUUUCUGGCGAGCUCUCUUGGUUGAAGAAUUGCAGGGGUCUGCACACUCUUGAUCUUGGAGACAACAAAUUUUCCGGGAACAUACCAGGAUGUCUGGGAGAAAAUCUUUCGUUGCUUUCCAUCCUCCGAAUGCGAGCCAACUUGUUCACCGGAGAUAUACCUCAACAGCUAUGUCAUUUAUCUAAUCUCCACAUCUUAGACCUUUCUCAUAACUAUUUUACAGGAUCUAUACCUCGCUGUUUGGGAAAUUUGAGUGGCUUUAAUCAUUUCGCCUCUCCCGAUAGAGCAUUUCCAUGUGCAUUUCGACAUCCACCUCAGUUUCAUCAAAUCAAUUUGGCAGUGAAAGGAAGACAAUUUGUGUAUACCACCACGCUUGAGCUCGUUAAUGUUAUAGACCUUUCGAGCAAUAAUCUAUCUGGGGAAAUCCCAGAAGAGAUAGCAAAUCUGUCAGACUUGGGUACCUUGAAUUUAUCAAGAAACCAAUUGACAGGAAAGAUACCAAAGAAAAUUGGAGAAUUGCGAUGGUUAGAAACGCUAGACCUUUCGAGCAACCACCUCUCCGGUUCAAUUCCUUCAACCAUGUCUGCUUUAACAUCACUGAACCAUUUGAACUUGUCAUACAACAACUUUUCAGGGUCAAUUCCUUCAACCAAUCAGUUCCAAACUUUCAAUGAUCCAUCCAUUUAUGAAGGUAAUCCAGAACUUUGUGGGCUCCCAUUGUCAACCAAGUGUUACAUUGCAACUGAUGUUGAUGCAAAAGACAAAUAUGGCAAAAAAAAGGUGGACAAUAAGGAAGACGAGUAUGAUGAGUUGUGGUUCUGUCUUAGCACAGUAGUUGGAUUCAUCGUAGGAUUUUGGGUUGUUUGUGGCACUUUGGUACUAAAAAGGUCUUGGAGAACUGCUUAUUUUCGAUACCUAGAUGAAGUGAAAGAUUGGCUCUUUGUGGUCAUUGCAGUAAAUGUGGCUCGUUUUCAAAGGACGACAUAGAGACGGUUGUUUUGGUGUCUUCUUCUGAUUUGUGAACUCUCCCCCAAGCCAUUUCAUUACUGAAAUCAGAAAUUGCUUAAGAAAUUUGAGGGCUUCCAUUUAUUGGUAUUGUAUGUUUGCCUUCUGGCUUUUGAUCGGAAGUAACAGUCUCAAUGCCUUGUAAAUUUUGAUAUUCAUCGACUUGGUCCUCAUUGAAGCUGUCGCUGAAAAGGUCAGCCAGUUUCUUCACAUUAUCGGUUGGAAAAUGUUCGGAUAUGGAACCAGGCUAAGAUGUUUGUAUGAAGCUGCUUCGGUGGAUGGGCGUGUUGCCACUAGAUGGGAUAAACUCUGCUUGAGAUAUUACAAACUAGUCAAAAACAGAAGUUAAAAAAUAGAAUGAAAUCUGAAAGUAAAUCAUUAUUAGUUGUUGAUGCAAAGUAGUAUGCUUCCUUGCAAAAUUAUUGUACCAAAAGAUUAGAGUUAUCUUACCACCAUUAAUGCUGAAGAAAUCCUCAGAGUCAGAUUCUAACCAGAGUUGAGAAUCGAAAAACUUCUCUUCUUUACUCCCUGCAUAAAAUAGCAGGAACACUAGUUAAUAUUGAAAUCCAAAAAAUAGUUAAUCAA